AUGAAACUGUUUUGCUUUUUAGCUGCAGCCAUCUAUUUGGCGUGUACAAUCACAGUAGCACUAGGAAGAAAUAUCCAGUUAAAUGCCAAGGGAUGUCCAGAAGAUUACACAGUCGAACAACUAUACCCUCAUGAGGAAUGCCAUAAGUUUUACCAAUGUUUCCACGGAGACCUUGUAGUGCACACGUGCGCUGCCAAUCUUUACUUUAGCAUUGAAAAACAGCAGUGUGAUUUCGCUUCUACGGUCAAUUGCGGAGACAGAAUCAUACCGAAGCCAGACGAAGACGAUGUAAAUCAGCCAGAUGAAGAUAUUGGUGAUGAUGGUAACACCAACUGCAACUGCAAUCCCGCUGAGGCUCCGUCAAUUUGCGCUAAAGAUGAUUCGGACGGCACUUUGGUUGCUCACGAAAAUUGUAACAAAUUUUACAAAUGUGCUUACGGCUUACCUGUAACCCAAUUGUGUCCCGGAAAUCUUUUGUACAACCCAUACAAGGAGUACUGUGACUGGCCUGAGAAUGUUGAGUGUGGAGACAGAGUCAUACCUUGUCCAGAAGAUGAGGGUGGUAAUGGUGGAAAUGACGGUGACAACGACGGCGGAAACGGUGACGAUGGAGGAAAUGGUGGUGGCGGUGGCGGUGGCGAUGGAGGAAACGGCGGUGGUGAUAGUGGACAAGAAAGCUGCAAUUGCGACCCCUCUGAAGCUCCAUCUAUUUGCGCUAAAGAUGGUUCGGACGGCACUUUGAUUGCCCACGAAAAUUGUAACAAAUUUUACAAAUGUGCCCACGGCUUACCUGUAACCCAAUUGUGCCCCGGAAAUCUUUUGUACAACCCAUACAAGGAGUACUGUGACUGGCCUCAGAAUGUUGAGUGUGGAGACAGAAUCAUUCCUUGUCCAGAAGAUGAGGGUGGUAAUGGUGGAAAUGACGGUGACAACGAAGGCGGAGAUGGUGGCGAUGGAGGAAAUGGUGGCAAUGGAGGAAACGGUGGCGAUGGAGGAAAUGGUGGUGGUGGUGGAGGAAACGGCGGUGGUGAUGGUGGUCAAGAAAACUGCAAUUGCAACCCCUCUGAAGCUCCAUCUAUUUGCGCUAAAGAUGGUUCGGACGGCACUUUGAUUGCCCACGAAAAUUGUAACAAAUUUUACAAAUGUGCCCACGGCUUACCUGUAACCCAAUUGUGCCCGGGAACCCUUAUGUACAACCCAUACAAGGAGUACUGUGACUGGCCUCAGAAUGUUGAGUGUGGAGACAGAAUCAUUCCUUGUCCAGAAGAUGAGGGUGGUAAUGGUGGAAAUGACGGUGACAACGAAGGCGGAGAUGGUGGCGAUGGAGGAAAUGGUGGCGAUGGAGGAAACGGUGGCGAUGGAGGAAAUGGUGGUGGUGGUGGAGGAAACGGCGGUGGUGAUGGUGGUCAAGAAAACUGCAAUUGCGAGCCCUCUGAAGCUCCAUCUAUUUGCGCUAAAGAUGGUUCGGACGGCACUUUGAUUGCCCACGAAAAUUGUAACAAAUUUUACAAAUGUGCCCACGGCUUACCUGUAACCCAAUUGUGCCCGGGAACCCUUAUGUACAACCCAUACAAGGAGUACUGUGACUGGCCUCAGAAUGUUGAGUGUGGAGACAGAAUCAUUCCUUGUCCAGAAGAUGAGGGUGGUAAUGGUGGAAAUGACGGUGACAACGAAGGCGGAGAUGGUGGCGAUGGAGGAAAUGGUGGCGAUGGAGGAAAUGGUGGUGGUGGUGGUGGUGGUCAAGAAAACUGCAAUUGCGACCCCUCUGAAGCUCCAUCUAUUUGCGCUAAAGAUGGUUCGGACGGCACUUUGAUUGCCCACGAAAAUUGUAACAAAUUUUACAAAUGUGCCCACGGCUUACCUGUAACCCAAUUGUGCCCGGGAAUCCUUAUGUACAACCCAUACAAGGAGUACUGUGACUGGCCUCAGAAUGUUGAGUGUGGAGACAGAAUCAUUCCUUGUCCAGAAGAUGAGGGUGGUAAUGGUGGAAAUGACGGUGACAACGAAGGCGGAGAUGGUGGCGAUGGAGGAAAUGGUGGCGAUGGAGGAAAUGGUGGUGGUGGUAUUGGUCAAGAAAACUGCAAUUGCGACCCCUCUGAAGCUCCAUCUAUUUGCGCUAAAGAUGGUUCGGACGGCACUUUGAUUGCCCACGAAAAUUGUAACAAAUUUUACAAAUGUGCCCACGGCUUACCUGUAACCCAAUUGUGCCCGGGAAUCCUUAUGUACAACCCAUACAAGGAGUACUGUGACUGGCCUCAGAAUGUUGAGUGUGGAGACAGAAUCAUUCCUUGUCCAGAAGAUGAGGGUGGUAAUGGUGGAAAUGACGGUGACAACGAAGGCGGAGAUGGUGGCGAUGGAGGAAAUGGUGGCGAUGGAGGAAAUGGUGGUGGUGGUGGUGGUCAAGAAAACUGCAAUUGCGACCCCUCUGAAGCUCCAUCUAUUUGCGCUAAAGAUGGUUCGGACGGCACUUUGAUUGCCCACGAAAAUUGUAACAAAUUUUACAAAUGUGCCCACGGCUUACCUAUAACCCAAUUGUGCCCGGGAAUCCUUAUGUACAACCCAUACAAGGAGUACUGUGACUGGCCUCAGAAUGUUGAGUGUGGAGACAGAAUCAUUCCUUGUCCAGAAGAUGAGGGUGGUAAUGGUGGAAAUGACGGUGACAACGAAGGCGGAGAUGGUGGCGAUGGAGGAAAUGGUGGCGAUGGAGGAAACGGUGGCGAUGGAGGAAAUGGUGGUGGUGGUGGAGGAAACGGCGGUGGUGAUGGUGGUCAAGAAAACUGCAAUUGCAACCCCUCUGAAGCUCCAUCUAUUUGCGCUAAAGAUGGUUCGGACGGCACUUUGAUUGCCCACGAAAAUUGUAACAAAUUUUACAAAUGUGCCCACGGCUUACCUGUAACCCAAUUGUGCCCGGGAACCCUUAUGUACAACCCAUACAAGGAGUACUGUGACUGGCCUCAGAAUGUUGAGUGUGGAGACAGAAUCAUUCCUUGUCCAGAAGAUGAGGGUGGUAAUGGUGGAAAUGACGGUGACAACGAAGGCGGAGAUGGUGGCGAUGGAGGAAAUGGUGGCGAUGGAGGAAACGGUGGCGAUGGAGGAAAUGGUGGUGGUGGUGGAGGAAACGGCGGUGGUGAUGGUGGUCAAGAAAACUGCAAUUGCAACCCAUCUGAAGCUCCAUCUAUUUGCGCUAAAGAUGGUUCGGACGGCACUUUGAUUGCCCACGAAAAUUGUAACAAAUUUUACAAAUGUGCCCACGGCUUACCUGUAACCCAAUUGUGCCCGGGAACCCUUAUGUACAACCCAUACAAGGAGUACUGUGACUGGCCUCAGAAUGUUGAGUGUGGAGACAGAACCAUUCCUUGUCCAGAAGAUGAGGGUGGUAAUGGUGGAAAUGACGGUGACAACGAAGGCGGAGAUGGUGGCGAUGGAGGAAAUGGUGGCGAUGGAGGAAACGGUGGCGAUGGAGGAAAUGGUGGUGGUGGUGGAGGAAACGGCGGUGGUGAUGGUGGUCAAGAAAACUGCAAUUGCGACCCCUCUGAAGCUCCAUCUAUUUGCGCUAAAGAUGUUUCGGACGGCACUUUGAUUGCCCACGAAAAUUGUAACAAAUUUUACAAAUGUUCCCACGGCUUACCUGUAACCCAAUUGUGCCCGGGAAUCCUUAUGUACAACCCAUACAAGGAGUACUGUGACUGGCCUCAGAAUGUUGAGUGUGGAGACAGAAUCAUUCCUUGUCCAGAAGAUGAGGGUGGUAAUGGUGGAAAUGACGGUGACAACGAAGGCGGAGAUGGUGGCGAUGGAGGAAACGGUGGCGACGGAGGAAACGAUGGUGGAGAUGGCAGUGACAUUAAUGUUGAUUACGACCCAGAAGAAGCUCCUGAAAAGUGUGCAGAAAACAAUUCUGAGGGAUAUCUAUUAGUUCAUGAAUUCUGUAAUCAAUUUUAUAAAUGUUCUUAUGGCCGACCAAUACCAUUUGUCUGUCCCGGUAACCUAAUGUACAGCGCCAGCAAGAAGAUUUGCGACUACCCUGAGAAUGUUAAAUGUGGCAACAGAAUCGUAAUUAGAUCAUAA